UGUACGCCUUUCAAUGAACAGAAUCUACACUCUUCUGAGGCCUACACAGUAGGACGUCAAGACUGCCUGAGACCUUCUCAGGGAUUCCGGAAAGUGCAAACCAGAGUGAAAACAUGUAGGCCAGAGCUCGUGCCGGUAGACACCCCCGCACCCACCCUUGCAUUCUGGGACAUGUAGUCCAGAGCUCGUAAACUCGUGUAGUCCCAUAUACUGCAGCUACAGUAACGCCUCGCUGUAAAGGUUUACCCGCGGAAUUCUGGGAAAUGUGGUCCAGGAGUUCCGGGUUAGUCGCAGGCACUUCCGCCCCAGGAGGACACGUAGCAGCCAUGUUUUGCUUGAUGACGGUGUUUCAGGUCCGCUCUUCACGACCCCUUCAAGCUUCCCCUUUGCAGACCUUUCAUUUGGGGAGAAAGAGGAGGUGCGGCUAAAAGCGGAGGUUUGAGGGCCUGGAGUGGUGAUGUACGUCCCGCGGGCGGAGCUUCUUUGCGUUUGCCCUGGCUUCUCCAAAAGCACUGCACGGAGGAAGAGGCAACAGAGCCCCACGACUCUGCACUGCCCCAGAAGGAGAGAGAAAAUGAGCACAUUCCAGGAGGCGGUGACCUUCAAGGACGUGGCCGUGGCCUUCACAGAGGAGGAGCUGGGGCUGCUGGACUCGGCCCAGAGGAAGCUGUACCAGGAUGUGAUGGUGGAAAACUUCCGGAACCUGGUCUCAGUGGAAGAAAACAAUCAAAGUGAGUUGAGGGCCGUUCAAGACAGAGGAUCACGUGAAGAGCUUUCCUUCUGGCAAAUCUGGCAACAAAUUGCAAAUGACUUAACCAGAUGCCAAGACUCCAUGAUAAAUAGUUGUCAGUUCCGCAAACAAGGUGAUUCCCCCUGCCAGAUUGGGCAGGACUCUGUUCAAAUUUCUGAAGAUGAGAACCAUAUAUUAAAUGAUAAAGCAGGUGAUCCCAGUAGUACUGGAAAUCCAAGGUUUGCAACUUUGAGAGCCCAGGAUUCUUGGAGGAAAACUUCCUUGGCUGAGUCACAGAAUUAUCAGAAUAGACACCAGCAAAUUUCCAUGAAAAAUAACUGUCAGUGUAAAGAGGAUGUUGACACCAUCAGUUGGAUUUCACAUCACCUUGAUGCUCAUGGAGUACACAAGGGUCAAAAAUCUUACGGCUACUGUGAUUAUAGAAAAGAUAGCACGAGGGUUUCAACACUGGAUCAGAAUACCAUGAUUCACACAGGACAAAAACCUUACCAGUGUAAUGAAUGUAAAGAAACCUUCACCGAUCUCUCCACCUUUGAUCUUCACCAGCAAUUACACUCAAAAGAGAAUCUCAUGUGCAGUGAGUGUGGAAAAGGCUUCCAUUACAGCUCGGUUCUUCAUAUUCAUCAGAGAGUUCACGUGGGAGGAAAACACAGUGAGUGUGAUGAGUGUGGCAAGGAGUUCAGUCAGAGCUCACAGCUGCAGACUCCUCAGAAAGUCCACACUGUAGAGAAACCAUUCAAAUGUGGGGAAUGUGGGAAAGGCUUCAGUCGUAGGUCAGCACUUACUAUUCAUUGUAAAGUCCACACGGGAGAGAAACCUUAUAAUUGUGAGGAGUGUGGGAGGGCCUUCAGUCAGGCCUCUCACCUUCAGGACCAUCAGAGAGUCCACACUGGGGAGAAACCAUUCAAAUGUGACACAUGUGAUAAGAGCUUCAGUCGGAAUUCACACCUUCAGUCCCAUCAGAGAGUCCAUACGGGAGAGAAACCGUACAACUGUGAGGAGUGUGGGAAGGGCUUCAUUUGUAGCUCAAAUCUAUACAUUCAUCAGAGGGUCCACACAGGAGAAAAACCCUACAAAUGUGAGGAAUGUGGGAAAGGCUUUAGUCGGCCUUCAAGUCUUCAGGCCCAUCAGGGAGUCCACACUGGAGAGAAAUCAUACAUAUGUAAUGUGUGUGGUAAAGGCUUUACUCUGAGUUCAAACCUUCAGGCACAUCAAAGAGUCCAUACAGGAGAGAAACCAUACAAAUGUAAUGAGUGUGGGAAGAGCUUCAGGAGGAACUCCCAUUAUCAAGUUCAUCUGGUUGUCCACACAGGGGAGAAGCCCUAUAAAUGUGAGGUAUGUGGGAAGGGCUUCAGUCAGAGUUCAUAUCUUCAAAUCCAUCAGAAGGCCCACAGUGUAGAGAAACCUUACAAGUGUGAGGAGUGUGGGCAGGGCUUCAGUCAGAGUUCACGACUUCAGAUCCACCAGCUGAUCCAUACCGGUGAGAAACCAUACAAAUGUGAAGAGUGUGGGAAGGGAUUCAGUCGUAGAGCAGAUCUUAAAAUUCAUUGCAGAAUCCACACCGGAGAGAAACCGUAUAAUUGUGAGGAGUGUGGGAAAGUCUUCAGGCAGGCCUCAAAUCUUCUGGCCCAUGAGAGAGUCCACAGCAGAGAAAAACCAUUCAAAUGUGAAGAGUGUGGGAAGAGCUUUGGUCGGAGUUCACACCUUCAAGCCCAUCAAAAAGUCCACAGUGGAGAAAAGCCAUACAAAUGUGAGGAGUGUGGGAGGGGCUUCAAGUGGAGCCUGAACCUCGACAUGCAUCAGAGGGUCCACACAGGAGAGAAACCAUAUAAGUGUGGGGAGUAUGGGAAGCACUUCAUUCAGGCCUCAAGUCUUCAGCUUCAUCAAAGCGUCCACACUGGAGAGAAGCCGUACAGAUGUGACAGAUGCAGUAAGGUCUUCAGUCGGCCUUCACAGCGACAGUCUCAUCAAAGAGUGCACACAGGGGAGAAGCCUUACAAGUGUGAGACCUGUGGUAAGAGCUUCAGUUGGCGCUCCAAUCUAACAGUUCAUCACAGAAUCCAUGCUGCUGAUAAAUCCUAUAAAAGUGAUAGGGGUGGUAAGACCAUCAGAGAGCCCACACACGAAAAAAGUUGCAUAAAAUGAUUAAAACAAAAACAAAAACAACUCAGGUGUCAUGUGAAUUCUUCCAGUCAUCAAGUUCAAAAGAAAAAAAAAUCAUUUGUUUCAUUAAAGUCGGUGUUUCAGCCAUAGCUCAACAUGUCCCAGUAGUCAGGAGGCCACACGGCAGAGAACUCUGGUAAAUGGUGUAGUAAAUUUGAACUUUGACCUCUAUUAAAUAUUAGGGGAGAAGCCUUAGUGUGAGUUUUAGCAGGCCUUGUACAAAAGUAUGAUGAACAUGCCAAAAUUUAUGCCCAUUACAAUGUAAAUUCCACGAAUGCAGCGACGUUUGUUCUGAAUCUACAGUCUGAACAUUGUCAGCUACUUUGUAGGUGCUCGAUAUUUGUUCAGUUAAUGAAUGAGGAAAAACUUUUUGAAAAUUAUGUUGCAGUCCCCUCCAAAAUUUCAUAAAAAUUUGUAUUCAGAGCAGUUAACCUAAAUCUGGCCUUAAAAGUAAUUCAGGGAGACAAAAAUUUGAAGUGUUAGAAAACCACUCAGUAUUGCAAUUUGUAAUAUUAAUGUGGCAUCGUCCUGUUAUGAUGAGCUCCAUUUGUCUCCCCCCAGCCUCGCUUCAAGUU